AUGAAAAGUUCUUUUCUUCACGAAAAAGAAGUUAUUGGAGCUAAUUAUGAAGGAGAAAUUAAGUUAGGAGCAUAUCAUGAUGGUCUUUAUAUCUACGUUAACAAUGUUGAUCAAGUCUAUGCUUUUAAUUCGAUUAAUUUAUCAAAAAUAACAUUUGAGCCACCUGACAAAUCAAUUCAAUCAUCAGUUACAGCAGUUGCAUUAUCACCUUCCCAUGACUAUGUUGUUGUUGGUUUUCUCGACGGAUCAAUUCAAUCGUACGAAUAUCCAAAUCCGAAACCCCAGAAAGUUAUUUCUAAAUCUCGUGGAGCUGUAAUACUCAGCAUAGCAUUUAUUCGCGAAAAUACUAUUGUUUUUAUGGAUUCGACUCAAAAUAUUUUCCAAUAUGAAUUAUCCAAGUCAAUGAAAUCAUUAUUUGCCAAAGAUAAGCAUGUCUGUAAAUUGUCCUCAUCCGGUUUAUCAGUGGUUGCGCCCCCAGUUUACAGAUAUCGCCCUCCAACUCAAAAUUCAAAACAAUCAUGUUAUUCAAUAUGCCCCAAAUUCGAUAGUACGUUCCUCGUUCUACUUGCUGAAGCCACGAAGAUGCUUCAAGUCACAGAAGAUAUCUCUAUUAUUAAUGAUUUCAAAGAAUAUUCUUCCGCUUUCGUAGAUUUCAUCAUUGAAGACGAAAAUACACUCAAAAUUGCCAUAUUCUCGAAUAACAAAGCCUCAUUACUCAGAUUUACCCGCGGAAGUACACCAGAAGUCCUCAAAUCAAUUGAUAUCGAAAUUUCACCUUUACAAGUUGCCUUCCUUACAGAAUCCAUCCUUUCCAUUACAUACGGAGAUGGCAUGUGCAAGUUUGUAAGCUUCCAGGAUGGCUCAGUCACUGAAACUACGAUUCCUCACAACGGAUUUACGAUUUCUCUUGAAGGAAGUGGUGGUUUCGUGUCUUUCAAUGAUGGUAAAAUGUAUAAAUACUCAUUGCCAUCGUUCAUUGACAAGUUUGACGACAUAAUGAACAAUGAUAACUUCGAAGAAGGGAAAAACCUUUGUGCGGCCGCGAUAAAAGGUGAUAGCUAUGCAUGUAUCGGUCUUCCGACCAAUUAUUACCAGCGAGAAUUGUUUGUUCAGACGAAAUUCAUGGAAUUCUUCACGAAUUACAUGUCAAGUGAGCUUUUUAAGGCCAAGGACUUCGACGGAUUGUUCAAUGAAUGCGUGAAAACAGCAAUUGACAUGAAUUCGACUGAAUGGAUCACUUCAAAAUUAUUAAAAAUAUUAUCUGACGAAGACAAGCUUCCUAUCUAUUUUAAGAAGAUCCUUUCGCUUGAUCCUGAUGCAACGAAGUUCUUUUACACCAAAGAAUUCUUUGAAUCUCUGAUUUCAAAUUAUAAUGAACCAGAUAUUUAUUCUUUCAUUGAAAAACUUGAUAGUUCUGUCGCUACUCCAGCUCUUGUCAUCAAACAUGCCAUCGAUCAUCAGAAAUUCGAUGUUGCAGCCACUUAUUAUAUUAAUUCUUUGAAAGACAUCGUUUCUGCAUUGACUGUCUACUACAACAGCGAACUAUAUGACAGGAUAGUUAAGAUUAUCGAUGAAUGCGUGCCAGAAAACAAAGGAAACUUCAGUAUUAAAAUUAUUUCUUGGUUAUUCCAAUAUAACAAGGGACAAAACAAGUUCGAAAGGCUUCCAAAGCUUAUAAACAAGCUUGGAAAUGAUAUUUCGUAUAUCAAAUCCAUUGGAAUUUUCAUCAAAAAAGAAAAUCUUCCAUUUUCUUAUGAUAUCUUCUUUAAUUCAUUAAUUGCAAUAGUAUCAAUGGAGAAACUGGGCUACAAACAUGAACUUUUCAACUAUGUUGUUGAAUUAUUCCUUGAAAAAGAAGUAAAAUUAUCUCAAAUGUCCCUAAGUUUCCUUUUAGGCAGUAUAUUCUCUUCAGAAUAUUCUACAGCUAAGAAACGUGAAGAAAUAUUGAUCAAAAUGAUAGAAAGAAAGUUAUUGGACAAUAUUGGUUCCGAAUUCAUGGAUUUAUGCGAUAGUUUCGAGUAUUCAACAGCUAAAGGACUAUUAAUGAUGAAAGGAAAGAGGUAUGAUACCAUUAUUUCGGAUAUGUUGAAGAAUUCUCCAGAUAAUGUUUUUGAUUUCAUGGAAAAAAUGCUUACACAAGAUAGUGAAUGCUCGCCAAGUAUUAAGAAGGCCCUAGAAACAUUAACUGACCAACUAAUGGCCAUUGACAUCCAGAAAUUCUUUAAUUUUGUUGCGAAAUUUUAUCCUGACAUUGUUCCAACAAUUCCAACGCUUGCUCAUGAGAACUUAUUAAUUAAUGCUUACAUAAGAUUGGUUUACAAUGACGAGAGAACCAAAGAAACCAAUUUUGCAAACGAAUACAAGAAAUCCUUUGUUGAAUUCAUAUGUAACUAUUAUCCAGAUGAAGUUUUACCAUAUAUUAGGAACCAGGAUGAGAAUUUAUUCAUGGAUUUCUUAACUCCUAUCAAAGAAAAUAAUAUUUUGGACACUUUGGUUUAUAUUCAGUUCGCUCUUGGUCAGACAAGUGAUUUUGCAGAGCAACUCAUGGUAUUCCUUGGCGAAACAAUAGCAAAUACAAUAAAUGAAAAAAUACCAAACGAAAUUACUGAAAAAUCCACUUUGUUUGUAAGCGAAAUGGCCAAGAAAUUAGUUGCAAGAGAGGCUUCUGCACCAACAACCAAAGAAUUGCUUUCAAAUUUGAUAAAAGAUACAGUUAUUGCAAUUUUCGUUUGUUACAAGAUGGAUCAAGAGAAAAGAAGCAUCAAAGUUGUUCCUUUCAGACGUCUCCUUCAAUCUUUAUCCGUAAUUUCAUCGAAUUCUAUCAAAUUCGACGAACUCCUUAAAUUCCUUAUGACAGAAUGCGGUGAACUUGAACUUGGUGACACGAGAACCACAAUUAUGAACGUAAUUAAUGAUUAUCAGUAUGAUGUUGAUUCAGAUAAAACUCUUGGCGAAUUAUUCUGGAACGAUAUGCUUAAAUCAUACGAAGACUACAUAACAUUGAACAUUACAGGCAUCCAAGUCCAUUCCGCUGUUUGUGGAACCUGCAAAUCAAGACUUUCUAACGCAAACGGUUAUCAGAUCAGAAUUUUCCCAUGUGGCCAUUGUUUCCAUGACAAUCCACAGUGUUUGAGGAAUAACCAGUGUCCAAUUUGCCAAAGAGAAGAAAUUUACGGCGAAACUACCGCAAACGUUAAAUCUCAUGACUCAGACCAGGACAGAGUCAUCAAGAGAAGAAUCAACAGGUUCGAAUAUGAUAUUCACGCUCUUCCUACUGUUGGAGAAAUUAUUUGUGACGAUUCACAAGUUGCUCAGGAACUUGUUAACCUUCCAACAACAAACACUGUUCCAACAAUUUAA